AUGUUCCCCACCUCUACUACAUCUAAGCCUACUUUGGAAAAUGUUACCUUUAUGAUUCAACAGUUGACUACUAGUGUUAACUAUAGAUUUACCGACAUGCGCAGCAAUUUUGAAGUGAUGCUGCAAGAAAACAAGAGUUUGAAGGAAGAAGUAGCUCUUCUUAAGCAGCAAGUUACUGUGCUCGCAGAAGAAGUAGGUACACUAAAAGCCUCGUUGGAUAGCAUGCCAAAUGCCGAAGAAUCUGCUGAGGCUGCUGCCACCAUUGGGCUUUUGGCAGGUAACCUGUUUCCUAACCGCAACAUCCCCGAGCCAAGAAUCAAGGAUAAACGCUCCGGUCGAAAAGAUCGCGUUGCUCCCUUUUCCUGGAAGCAUUUUCAAAGGCUCAUAGAUGAUGUACGUGGCUCUGAGCACGAGAGCAUUGGCGAUGGGAUACUUGAUGCUUUCAAGGUGAAUGUAUCACUAGUCCUUGUCAAGACUGUCAUUGAUGGCAUAGAAAAAACUUGCUAUCAACGAAGACAGCACCUGGCAGAGUGUCCCUGGCGAUGCUCGGUUUGA